AUGGACUAUAAAGAAAACAGUGGGCAGGCAAAUAUAAAGGAUAUAGAUUUGUAUGUUACUAUAAAACUGCGGUUUUGUAUUUGCCUUAAAGAGAAUAAUGAUAUAAUUAUUGGGAAAAAAAUAUAUGAUGAGAAAAAAAAAUUAAUAAAAAAAAUAAUUUAUUUAAAAAAGUUUAUAUUGAAAAAAAAAAGAAAUGGAGAAUCACGAGUGGAAAAUACUCAAAUAAAAAAUGAUGAUAAUAUUGUAGAAAAAAAAGGUGACUCGAUCUCAUCAUAUAUUAUACAAACAAGUCAAAAUCAAAAUAUUAUUGAUAAAAAAGACGAAAGUAAACAUAAUAAUUCUAUAUUCAAUUACACAAAUAUAAAUUAUAAAGAAUGGCGGAAGGAAAAAAACCAAAACAAUUUUUUUAUAACUUGCUAUUUAAUUAUAGACAAUGAGUUUUUUUCUCACCCAGUUACUCUCGAAUGUGAUGAGAUUAAGAUAAGAAACGAAAGUGAUAGAAUCAAAAUAAAAAAAAAAAAAGAGGAAUUCCUUGAUCCAAUUGAUAUGUUUAUAGAAAAAAAAAAAAAAAAAAUCGCAAAUAAAAUAUUUAUAAUAAAUAAACGAAUAUGUUUUCCACUGAAAUAUCGUCAAUUAAGCACAAAUAGUUACUUAUUAUUUAUUUUUCAAAAUAAAAAUAACACAGAUGUAAGUUAUUAUUCGUUUUGUAAAUUAUUUACUCAAAAUGGGGUUUUAAAGCAGGGAUUGCAAAUAAGGCAUAUGUAUUACACAGGAAAUAGUAACAAAAAAAACAACAAUAUAAUAGCUAGCAAAACUGCUCAUCGUGUUAAUAGACAUGUCACUGAAUCAUUGAAGAGGAACAUUAUUUAUAUUAAGAAUGGUUCUAAAAAUAAAUCAAAACAAUGUCUUCUUCGUUUUUUAAAAAACAAUUACGCAUAUAAUGAUUUAUUAAAUGUCUUUAAUUUAAAAAAAAUAUAUAUGAAAAAAGAAAAAUACACAUUUGGUAAGAGCAAUGCAAAAAACAAACUAAUAGCACACGCCAAAUUUUCUACUGACAAAUUUAUAAUAAAAAAAAAAAAAAAUAAAGUUAACUUUAUAAGAUCAAAUCAUAAAUUCAAAUCGUAUACAAAAAAAGUAUUACAUAUUGAUAGUAUGAUUCAACAGACUAAACAAAAGGGAAAUGAUGAGAAAAUUAUCUCAUUAGGAAAUAAUUUGUAUGAUAACAAUCAAGAAAUCCCCAAUAAUACAAAAGCCAUAAACAGUUUUAACAUGGGUUUGUUUAGAGGGGAAACAUAUUGGAAUUACACUAUUACUUCAAAAAAAAAUAAAAAAUUUUAUUUAAAUUUAUUAAAAUAUAAACGCAUGGAGCAUUUUAUAUAUUCCCUAAAAAGAAACAUAAUAAAAAAUUAUAAAACUUUUGAGAAAAAAAAAUUAAUAUAUGAGAAAGAGAUAAAAAAUGAGAAAAUCGACAAAAACAAUCAUCGAAUAAAAGAAAUAGGAUAUAUAAAAUAUGAAGUUAAUCGAAAUAAAAAGUGUAGAGCUUUCACAAAUUUAAGUGAAAUAAAUACAAAAAAGAAUGAAAAUUUUUCAAAUAAUAUAACGGAUAUAUGUUGGAUAAAAAAUAAAAAAUUAUUAAAAUGGAAAAAUGGAUAUAGUUAUAUAAAAAAAUAUAGCUAUUUGUAUGAUUUACAUAAUGGUAGAAUAUCAGAUGUUGGAAACAGAAAUACAUUUAAAUUACUUAAAGGUGUAAUAAAUAUAUAUAAAAAAUUUAAAAUUUUUAAGGAAAAAAAAAUAAAAGGAUAUUUAAUAUUUAAUUGUGUUAGUUUUAAUAAAGCCAAAAUAUGCUAUAAUGAAAAGAAAAAAAAACUAAUUACAUUUCAUGAAAAUAUUUUUAAUGAUAUAGGAAAUAAAGAAAUUGAACCCCCAAAUUUUUAUCAUAACACUGAUUCAAAUUAUGAUUGGUUUUUUAAUUCAUUCGACUAUGUUGGAGAUACUAGUAAUAUUAAUAAUUUAAGUUUUAAUAAAUUUGUAAAAUAUGUUGCAAAAGGACAGAAGAAAAAUAGGCGUGGAAAUUUAUUUUUGAACAAUUUCAUAUUUGAUGAUAAGAAGGGUAACAAAAUAAAUAAAAAAGAUACAAACUAUCCAUACAAUCGAUUUAAGAUAAUAGAAAACAAAAAGGAUUGUGGAAAAAAAAAAAAAAUUUUAUGUAAACGAAACACUGUGGAUGUACUUCGAAAUGUGAAUACAAGUCAUAGACAUACAGAAAAAAAAAUGAAUGACAUAUUUGAUCAUAUUAGUAAAUACACUAAUAGGAUUAGUAAAAAUAUAAAUAUAAGCAAUAUAAAUAGAUAUGAUGAUUAUCCAUUUAAUUUUUUUUUAAAAGAAAAAUACGAAAAUAAAAACAUAUCUGUUGCCACUCCACCAAUAGAUGAAAUAAAAACAUUAAAUUAUGUUUUAAGUAUUCCUUUAGCAAAAAUAAAUGAUGAUGGGAAAAAGUGUUUAUGGAAAUUUCGUUUAUUUUUAGUAAAUCGAAAAGAAACAUUAGGAAAAUUUAUUAAAUCUGUAAAUUGGAAUGAUAAAGAUGAAGAAAAAGAAGCAAUCAGUUUAUUAAGAAAAUGGUCAAAGCCAUCUCUUGAAAAUUGUCUAGAAUUAUUCCAUUUAUAUAUGCAUUAUAAUGUUAUAAAAAAAUAUAUUAUAGAUAUCAUUAAAAAUGCAAAAAAAGAACAAUUAAAAUUAUAUCUAUUUCAAAUUAUUCAAAGAUUAAGAACAUUUAAUUACCAACGUAUCGAUGAUUUAUUCAUUGAUAUAUUAAUACAUAAAUGUGCAAAAUCCAAAAAAUUAUCCAUCUAUUUAUAUUGGUUUCUUCUUAGUGAAACACAAGAUAAAAAUAAUGGAAAGUUAUAUUUACAUAUUCAUAAAUUAUUUAUAAAUAAAUUAGUUAAAUCCAAUUCAAAAAAAAAAAAAAAAAUUUUAGAAAUUUUAAAAAAUCAAAAUAGAUUUCGUAAUCAGUUACUUUACCUAACAAUAAUAGCUAAAAAUAAAAGUGAUCAUAUUCAAAAUAAAACAAAAAAAAUUAGGAAAAAUAUAUUUUAUUAUAGGCAAUGCUUUGGCUAUAUAAAUAUCAAAAAUUUUAUUAAAAAUAAUAUAUUUAUUACUGAUCAAAAGGUUUAUAACUUUUCUCAUACUUCCGAAUCUCAAAAAGAUGAUGAUCAUAUUUCUUCUUAUCUUAUUGAUCCUAAUUUUUUAAAUCCAUCAACAGCUGAAAAGGAGUUACAUCAACACAGUUCCACAAAUUCACCAUCAACUUUCAUUUCAUCUAAUGCAUCUCUGAUUAAUCAAAAUGAAGAAAAUCAGUCUUUAAAAAAAAAAAACAAUUUAAAAAUUAUUCCAAACGACCUUUGCAAUUCUAUAUAUUAUCUAAGUCCAGAACUCACGAUUCAUUUUAAUGCGGAUGAAGAUAAAUAUGCAUUUCGGUAUGAAAGAAAAUGUAACAUGUCAGAUGAAUAUAUUAAUAGCAAUGCUAUGAGCAAUGUUAGUCAUAAUCGAAAUCGUGAUCAUGAUUUUGAAAAUGAAAACAACGGAUAUGUGAUAAAUUAUAUUGAUGACUCUAAAAUAGUAAAGAUAGAAAAAAAUAAAGAUAGUUCCUUUUUUUAUAAUUUUUUACAACCUAAUGAUGGCUUUGGAUUUUUCCUUAAUUAUAGUGAUGAUGAUAAAAACAUUGAAAUUUUAGAUGAUUCUAUAAAUAUCGUUCAAGAACAAAAAAUAAAAAAAGUAACUACUCCUUUAAUUUUGCCAAUAGAUCCAAAUACUGAGUUAUUAACUUUUUUACCUGAACAUUCAUAUGUUUUACGAUCAUCAUUAUAUCCUAUUGUUAUAGCUUGUUUAGUCAGAAAAAAAAUUAAAUUAUUUCAUUCUGAUUUCCAUAACUUAAUUAUUAAUAAACAAAAAUAUCUAAAAAAAAAUAUAAAGAAGAAAAAAAAAAAUUAUUCAUUAUAUCAUUUCUAUGAUUCGAAAUUUAUUAAAGCGUUAUAUAAUUCGUUUGAUAAAGCAAAAGAUUUUCAAUAUUAUUAUAAAAACAUUAAGUGUGUGAAUAAUGUUAUUUUUUAUAGAAAACAAAAAAUAGAGCGAAUAAGCAACCCUUCACAAAAUAAUGAGCCUUUUAUAGAUGGAAAGAAACAACACACACAAGUAAGAAAAGAUAUUCUGAAAGAAAUGCAAAUAAAAAUUUCAACUGAUAAUGGGAAAUACAAUAAUGAUGAUUCAAUAGCAGAUUUAAAUGAAAAUUUUGGAGACAUUGAUUAUACCUUCAGUCCUGAUUUUUCGCAUUUUGAAAAUAAAAAAACUGAUAAUGAUUCACCAAUUACACCCACUUCAAAACCAGUAUUGAAAAAGAAAAGUGGCAUAAAUAAUUUAGAUAAACCAUACUCUAAAUUGUAUGAAAAAGAAAAUGAUCCUUCGAAUGAUCACCUAGAAAAAGAAUUCGCACAAAAAGAAAAACAAAAUAAUAUUAAUAAAAAACGUGUAAAAAAAUAUAAUGAAAUAUAUGAACUAACUAUUAAAAAAUAUAUAUAUAAAGCCGGAGAUGAUUUAAGGCAGGAUCAUUUAGUUAUACAAGUUAUAUAUAUAAUUGAUAAUAUUUGGAAAAAAUAUGGAUUAAAUUUAAAACUAACAUUAUAUAGAGUUUUGGCUUUAUCUACUAAUGAUGGAUUUAUUGAAUUUGUAGAUUAUGCUGAAUCUAUAUCUUCUAUAAAAAAAAAUUACAAUGGUGAAAUCAGGCAAUAUUUUAUUCAUCAUAGUAAAGAAAGGAAUACUCCUUUAGGGUUUGAUACAGAAAUUUUAGAAAAUUUUAUUUCAAGUUGUGCUGGAUAUAGUGUUAUUACUUACAUAUUAGGAAUAGGAGAUCGACAUUUAGAUAAUCUAAUGGUAUCUAAUGAUGGCCGUUUUUUUCAUAUAGAUUUUGGAUAUAUAUUUGGUGAAGAUCCUAAACCGUUUUCACCUCCUAUGAAAUUGUGUAAAGAAAUGAUUGAAGCAAUGGGUGGGGCCCAAAGUGUAGGGUAUGAACAAUUUUUAAAAAAAUGCUGUUUAGCAUACAAGUAUUUAAGAUACCAUUCGACAUUACUUAUAAGUUUAUUAGAUUCUAUGUGUGAAUCGGGCCUAAAGGAUAUGAAAACGGCACCUGAAUUAUGUGUUUUAAAAGUUCAAGAAAAAUUUAGAUUAGACUUAAAUGAUGAAGCUGCAGAAAUUCAAUUCUUGGAAGUUAUUAAUGCAUCUGUCAAGACACUUUUUCCAGUAGUUGUAGAUAAGCUUCAUGAAUGGGCUUUAAACUGGAAAUAA